AUGUUUUUUCUUAUUGCAUUCGCUUGGCAUGUCGCAGCUAGUUUCGCAUUUGUACUUGCAAUCUUAACAUACAAUUGGAUCACCGUUCAAAUUUUACCCGUCUCGGCGAACCUUUUCCUGCAACAAGGUGUUUUCUAUGUUUGUACCUUAACGGGAAAGAAUAGUACAUAUACGAACACGCAAUGUGCGUCGAUCAUCGGCAUCGAUCCGGCGAUCAAUUCGACAGGUCGAUGGGACUAUAAUAUCGGAACUGCAUCGGCAUCCGUUGCUAUCGCGUGUGCAGGGCUUAGUGUGAUUAUUUUUUGGUUAUGUGGUAUUUACUUCAACAUUCACCGAAAAAGAAAAUGUAGAUUAUGUCUUCUCGUUUUCAUUUCAAUUCUAUUAUUCAUUACUUUUUGUGCAUCGUUUGUUGUUUGGAUUUUGGAGAUUUCAGAGACGCUCGUCAUCGGAUAUAAAGUUGAUCGAUCGGUUAUCAACUGGCCAUUGUGGUUAGCUGUGGGCUCGACAGGUGGUUACUUAAUGGCGUUCGUAACGACAUUAAUUCACUUAUGUUCGAUAAUGUGUCGUCGACGUGAUCGAGAAGUUCUCUAUAAACAAUCAGAAUUCACGAGAAAUCAGUUUUAA